CUUCUCUGAAUUGCCUAAAGGCUCUACUUCUGUCAGAGAAAAGAAAAAGAAAAGAUGGUGAAGCUUGCAUUUGGAAGCUUCGGUGACUCUUUCAGCGCCGCGUCGAUCAAGGCCUAUGUCGCCGAGUUCAUUGCCACACUCCUCUUUGUGUUCGCUGGCGUCGGGUCCGCCAUUGCAUAUGGGAAACUGACAAACGGUGGGGCGCUAGACCCUGCCGGUCUGGUGGCGAUCGCGAUCGCCCAUGCGUUUGCGCUCUUCGUCGGUGUCUCCAUGGCUGCCAACAUCUCUGGCGGCCACCUGAACCCCGCCGUCACCUUUGGCCUCGCUGUCGGCGGCCACAUCACCAUCCUCACCGGCAUCUUCUACUGGGUCGCCCAGCUGCUCGGCGCGUCCGUGGCAUGCCUGCUCCUGCAGUUCGUCACCCACGGACAGGCUAUCCCGACACACGGCGUCACCGGGAUAAGCGAGAUCGAGGGCGUCGUGAUGGAGAUCGUGAUCACCUUCGCGCUGGUGUACACGGUGUACGCCACCGCGGCCGACCCGAAGAAGGGGUCCCUCGGCACCAUCGCCCCCAUCGCCAUCGGCUUCAUCGUCGGCGCCAACAUCCUGGCCGCCGGCCCUUUCAGCGGCGGCUCCAUGAACCCCGCCCGGUCCUUCGGCCCCGCCGUGGCGGCUGGCAACUUCGCUGGCAACUGGGUCUACUGGGUCGGGCCACUGAUCGGAGGCGGCCUGGCUGGGCUGGUCUACGGCGACGUGUUCAUUGCCUCCUACCAUCAGGUCGGGCAGCAAGAAUACCCGUGAAGAGCAUGAGCAUGAACUGCCGGCCCAGUCCGUCGUGUUAAUUUCAUCGUCAUCAUAUCCUCGCUUCGUCUUGUGAUUACGUUUGGUCUGUGCAUUUCCCUUUCGGUUUUCACCAACGAUGCCGAGAAGUUGUAAGAGAACCGUUCGAUCCAUACAUGUACGGUUCAGCAUUUCCAAGUGUUGCGCAAUACACGUA